AUGGAGCAAGGUGUUGAUAAGCAUGUUGAUUUGCAGAAUUCGUCUGCAAAGAGGAUGAUUGGCAAAGUUGCAGUUGUAACUGGUGGUGCAAGAGGGAUUGGAGCUGCCACAGCUAAAUUAUUUGCUGAAAACGGGGCUUAUGUUGUCAUUGCUGACAUAUUAGAUGAAGCAGGGACCAUGCUUGCUGACUCCAUCGGAGCUCGCUACAUUCAUUGUGAUGUAGCCAAGGAAAGUGAUGUCGAAUCAGCUAUCCAACUUGCCAUCACAUGGAAAGGCAAACUAGACAUACUGUUUAGCAAUGCUGGCAUUGGAGGCACUGCAAGCAGCAUAACCAGCCUUGACAUGGAACAAGUCAAACAUCUGGUCUCAAUCAAUCUGCUUGGCAAUGUACAUGCGAUCAAGCAUGCCGCACGAGCCAUGCUGAGAUGCAAUACAAAAGGUUCCAUCAUAUGUACAUCAAGUUCUGCAGGCAUCAUGGGAGGGCUAGCGUCUCACCCUUACUCUUUGUCGAAAGCUGGUAUCGUCGGACUGAUGAGAACCGCAGCAUGCGAGUUAGGUGUGCACGGGAUUCGUGUGAACUGCAUUUCUCCUCAUGGUGUACCUACAGAUAUGCUCAUUAGUGGUUAUAGAAUGUUCCGGGGGAACGAAACAACACCCGAAGAAGUGAAGAAACUGGUCGGUGAUCAAGGGAGUCUAUUACGUGGGAAAGCUGCAACUGUUGAAGAUGUGGCCCAAGCUGCAGUGUUCCUUGCCUCAGAUGACACCGGAUUCAUAACAGCACAUAACCUCAUUAUCGAUGGUGGAUAUACUUCUGCUAUUAGUUCACUGAGUUUCAUCUACAAAUAG